AUGGAGGUUCUUUUCCUGCUCCUGGUCCUCGCCGCCGCCUACACGUUCUCCGUGGGGGUCGGGCUGUAUGUUGUCUGCGACCACUUCCUCACCGCAGACAUUCCUGCAGCCAUCGGCCACCCCGUGAAGCUGCGGGUCCUCCAUUGCAUCUUCCAGCUGUUGGUGACCUGGGGGACAAUUUUUGAGAAACUGAGAAUCUGUUCUAUGCCUCAAUUUGUUCGUUUCAUUCACGACCUUGCGCCGCUAAAGAUGGAUCCGGAUGUCGUGGUCAAGGACCUCUGGUUUGGGACGAUCCCCGUGCGGCUGUACCAGCCCAAGGCGUCCUCAGGCGCCCUCAGGACUGGCAUCGUGUUCUACCACGGCGGCGGAGGCAUUUUAGGGAGCUUGAGAACUCACCAUGGCGUAUGCUGUCAUUUGUCCAAGGAGAGUGAUGCAGUGGUUCUAGCAGUUGGGUACCGCAAAGUGCCCAAGCAUAGGUUUCCAGUGGCAAUAAGAGACUGCAUGGUGGCCACUACUCACUUCUUGAAGUCCUUGAAUAAGUAUGGGGUGGACCCAGCCCGGGUCCUGGUCUGCGGUGACAGUGUGGGUGGGGGCGUGGCUGUGAUAAUUUGUCAAAACCUUGUGGACAGUUCAGAUCUCCCCAAAAUCCGUGCUCAGAUCCUGGUCUACCCGGCUCUCCAAGCCAUGGAUUUCCAGUCCCCUUCCUAUCAGCAGAACAAGAAUGUUCCACUGCUCAGCCAGAAUUUUGCCUUCUACUGUUGGUGUCAUUACCUGGACAUCAGCCCUGCCUGGAAAAGCAGUGUAUUUAAAGGCACCCACUUGCCCACCGAGGUCUGGGAAAAGUACAGAAAGUGGUUGGGUGCAGAAAACAUCCCGGAGAGGUUUAAGAAGAGAGGCUACCUGCCAAUGCCCUGUGAGCCCCUGAAUGAGGCUGCCUAUCUGGAGACAAACUUAAUUUUAGAUUUGUUGAACUCACCCCUGAUCGCAGGGGAUGAAGUAGUGUCUCGGCUCCCCGAAGCUUGUAUCGUGAGCUGUGAGUAUGAUCUUCUCCGGGACCAUUCACUGUUGUACAAGAAAAGGCUGGAGGAUCUCGGGGUUCCAGUGACUUGGCACCACAUGGAGGAUGGUUUUCACGGAGUGUUUACCACCCUUGACAUGGGCUGCUUGUACUUCCCCUGCUCCAGGAGGAUUCUGAAUGCUGUGGUCCAUUUCAUAAAGGGCUUGUGA